CGAAAAGGCGCGUCGCACAGAAACCAUUUUUUUUGUUUGGACAGGUUACUCUGGAACAUGCUGGGGCAAGUACCGCGACCAACAUGGAGGCUAACAACUUACAAAUACUUUAAACACUGUAACCACUGAAUGUUUAUGUCGUUAGUUGUCUAAUAGGUUAUUUUCUCUAAGCUUGUUGUGUGGAAGUCGAAACAAUGUACCUUCUUAAACGCGUGGGGUGCGUUGGAAGCAUCGUUGUCCCUCAAUGCACCUCCCUCUUUGUGGGCAAUUUCUCUGCUUGUCAUUGCCUAAGUUCCCCAAAGAGACACAGCCCGUACAACUCAGUGGACAGUGAGCGCUACUCCUCUCUAGUUAAGGCUGUCAUGUCAUCCAAGAUAAGUUCCCAAACCCCAGAGACUCUCCAAGUAGAGGACGAGCACAUUUAUGGACCUGUUGUCAACGCUCAAACACCCGCCUCGGAACCAGAGGUGAGGGUACCCAAAACCCUGCAUCCCUUCUCGCACUGCGAAGAGACUGUAGAAACAGAGGAGACUGAGUCGGGACCUCCAGCCCGGAUUUUGUUAAACCGGGGCCAAGGCAGGUCUUCGGUACCCAGUGUGACACGAAUUCUACAGCAGACGCUUUCCCCAGAGCAGAUCUUCUACCUGGAGAGGUGGAAGAGGAAGAUGAUCGCACAACUUGGAGAAGAAGGCUUCAAAGUGUACAGUCAGAAUUUAUUUAGACAAGGGAAGCUUUUCCAUUCUGCUGUGGAGGACAUUCUGAUAUCAGAUGCAACAAGUAUUGGCGAAAAAUCCUCUGAGAAAGCAGUGUUCCAACCUGAGGUACUGGGAUACAUGGAGAGCAUCUCCCAUGUUCUGGCAGAUGUGAGUGCAGUGAGAGCCACUGAAAGCACUGUGCAACAUGCCGAGCUCAACUAUCUGGGAAUUGUAGAUUGUGUUGCCCGCUACAGGGGGGUGCUAUGUCUUAUUGACUGGAAGACUUCAGAGAAGCCCAAACCAUUCCUAAGCAACACUUUUGACAAUCCUAUUCAGGUGGCAGCCUACGCCGGGGCUUUGAACAGUGAUGGCAACUACAAGUACCAGGUUGAAAAUGGUCUCAUUGUAGUGGCCUAUAAGGAUGGUUCCCCUGCCCAUGCUCAUCAGCUGAGCUCAGAGCUAAUGUUGCAGUACUGGAAAAUGUGGCUGAUUCGUCUCGAAAACUUCCCAGAACAAAGGUCAAGUGAUGCCUCAAGUUCUUUUGUGCAAAAGAGAUAAGAUUUGUAAUAUCACCUGAGAACCUUAACUACAACAUAUAACAUGUUCCCAUUCAGUAGGAAGGUUACAUUUAUCAUUACCAAUGACUAGAAAUAGUAUGUUCUUUGAGCAACUUAUCAUUUCAGUCAAUUUCUUCUUCGAGGUGUUUCAAAAUCAUUGAAUCCAAACCAGGCUUCCCUGUGUAAAGGGUCCUGAGUGAAGCCUAAGUUUGUAAAGAGCUUGUAGGAGGUCUCGUUCUCCUCCUCUAUGAAGCAGUACACCGGGUAGCCCUGAGCGUGGAGUCUCUUGGCCAUGGUGCUGACCAGGACUUUGGCAUAGCCUUUCCCUCUGUGCUCUGGCUGAGUGUACAACAUGCCCAUUGCACAUGAGGCAUAGAUCAGGAUCCAGGACACAGGCUUUCCUUCUGCGUCCAGCACACAGCAUGAGGGGAAGUUUGCAAGCAUGUUCCGGAUCAUCCUCACAGCAUCCUUGUUCUCCGCAAACUUCCACAUCUGAUUCACCAAGCCAACGUGGGACUCAUCCAGAGAGCUCAGUGAAAUACCUGAGCUGAUGCAGAACAGAGCAGAUGGACUUUCAGAGCAGCUUUCUUUAUUGUUGAAAUAUUAGACCUAAGAUAAUGAUUAACUUAAACCUCAUGGUUAGGCUCUACCUGUCUAUAGAGGGAAGGUUGGAUACAUCCUCAAGUAUCAUCAUGUGACACAGUGCCAGCUGGCGGCUGGACACGCCUUUUUCUGAUGCCACUGCUUUGAAUAUCUCCAUUUGGCCAAGAUUCGUUCCUUUGUGAUAAGAUAUGACAAUAAAAUACUUUAAUAAA